GCAUCGAUAAACAUCUAAGUCAACAUCUCUUACUACCCACACUCCUUCAUCUUCGCCUUCCUCAGCUGCUUUAUCGUCGCCCUCAGCCUCUCCCUCUGUUUCUACAGUCGACGCGAGUGUCUAAUAGCUAAUUUUGCACAUGCUGUAACUGGCCAUGCUCGUUCGAGCGGCGCGAAAACAGCGGCGUCCAGCUCGAAAGCCGUGUCCGCUCAAUACAUCUAAUGUUCUACCCCUAUCGUUUUUGUAUCCAGCCUUCUUGAGAUGUAGUCAUCAGUCAGCGACCGCCGCGACGUCAUCUCCGACAGACACGAGGCGCACCAAAUCAGGAUUUUCUCUUCCGAACAAGUCUCAUGUUCGCCCACUUGUAACAGCUUCUUCGUUCGCCAAUCCACCGCCUUCUAUAUUUUCACAGCCUGCCGAUAUACUCUCGUGGAAUAACAGCCAAUUUGCUGCGUCGACGAAUCGAUGGGAUCCUCAGUCACCUCUGGUGGUGUCAUUACCUCCGCCAUCAAGGAAUCUCAAUUACCGACAAGGCAUUGGUGGAACCUCUCCCGAACUUCUUCAAAACCUAUACGCAAGCAUAAGAGUCGGAAGAUUGGACCGAGCGGCAAUUGUAGUGGGACGUAUACGCGACUCCGCACCACAGGGCUCUUCAGAAGUGAUACAGGCACACAAUAUCUAUCUAGACGGCCUGUUCAAAGCUUUGUCGAUUGAUGAUCCGCCUAUCAAUUAUACUGAUAUAAGGAAUUGGUAUAAACGUCAAAUUAUCGAUAAGCAUGAUCGGCCUAACGCCAAGACUCUCAAUGUCAUGAUUCGAGCUACAAUAGCAGCGGCCCCAGAAUCUCACAGGAAAACGUUCGUGGACGAAUAUGUCAGCUACGCGCGGAAUCACAACAUGUACGCUGAAGUGAUGGGGGCUGAGUACUCGAUCGAAGAAUGGCUGUGCCUGGAGACAUGGUACCCUAAUGAGUAUGCGAUUACUGCCGAAGAAGAAGCAGAGGCUAUGCACGAGGUCGAAAAGCAAGACGUAGCGGAGGCCCGAGAAACACGGCAGAAAGGUCUCGGGUUGAGUACUCUCAAGAAAACGCUUUCCACACUGGACGGUAGCUAUGGUGGCCCAACAGCGAACCUUACCCAAGAGCAGCUCUACGAACGGCAGGUUGAACUGGAAGAAACCACUGUGGAAAUUGCCAUGGACAGGUGGCGCAAGGAACAAGAAAAGCUUUCCAAAUUAGGUGUCAAACAAGUGGGAGCAAACCGAAGCAUUGAUGCUUGGAUGGCGCGAUGGUUCACUAGUCUUACUGAAGUACUUACCACGGAGCUAAAAAUGGUACGGACUGCUCUGGCGAAUAAAGAUGGCAACGACGCGGACCGACAGAUUUACGGACCAUAUAUGGAACUGUUCGCACCAGACAAACUCGCAGCAAUCACGAUUCUCUCGAUCUUGGAGGCUUUCAGCACACCUAAACAACGCGAUGGCCCAUCAAAACGAAUGCAACUUGUCUGGUUAACGAUGAGAGUGACAAAGAACUUGCAACAGGAACAUGCUGUCGCCGCAGCUAAGGAGAGAUCACCCGUUGCCACUUCCAGAUCACAAACAAACAUCUCCGCACAUCAACGGGCUAAAUAUGUUGCUCUAAAUCUGCGGCACCAGAAGAACACUAUACCCAAUGCAACCCAGGAGGACAACCAAGACGACGUAGAAUUCUCACUUGUUGUACGUGCGAAGCUUGGCGCAGUUCUCUUGGAAAAGCUUAUAUCCUCUGCGACGAUCGACAAUCAAGUGAUAGAUCCCGAGACUGGACAGAAGAUAUCUCGUACACAGCCAGCGUUCACGCACACGAGCACAUAUUCCCUUGGUAAGAAAACAGGGAAGAUCGAAGCACAUCAUAUCCUUCUGCAGAAGCUACGGUCAGAGCCAGUGCACGCCAGCUUCAUCGGCUACCUACCCAUGCUUACUGAGCCGAAGAAAUGGUCUGGCCUUAAGAAGGGUGCAUACCUGAAAUAUCCUGUCGAAAUGAUUCGCUUCAAAGCACGUGACGAGACUCAGAUGACGUAUGCUAAUACCGCCGCCAAAAAAGGUGAUCUUGCGAUGGUAUUCGCGGGAUUGGAUGUUCUCGGAAAGACACCAUGGCGGAUUAAUAAGUCUGUGUUGACUGUAAUGAUUGACGCAUGGAACUCUGGAGAAGCACUCGGAAGUCUGGCGCCGGAAUCAUCAGAUAUCGCGUAUCCGCCUGAGCCAGGUCCCGGCGCAGAUCUCCUCGCACGGCGAAAGUGGAUGAGAGAAGUCCGACGUCUCGAUGAUCUCAAAGGAGGCUAUCACUCGAAUCGGUGCUUUCAAAAUUUUCAGAUCGAAAUUGCGCGAUCAUUCCGCGAGCACACAUUCUACUACCCGCAUAACGUUGACUUUCGUGGCAGAGCAUAUCCGAUUCCGCCUUUACUAAAUCACAUGGGUGCUGAUCCUGCACGGGGGCUUCUAGUUUUCGGAAAGGGAAAAGAGCUUGGGGAAGUUGGCUUACGGUGGUUGAAAAUUCAUAUGGCUAACCUGGCUGGAUUCGACAAGGCAAGUCUCUCUGACAGAGAGCGUUUCGCCAUGGAUCAUCUGGACGAUAUUUAUGACUCGGCUGUAUCUCCUCUGACCGGCAAACGAUGGUGGUUGAAAGCAGAAGACCCCUGGCAAUGUCUCGCUUGCUGCUUUGAAAUAAAAAACGCCAUGGACCUUUCAGAUCCAACCAAGUAUGUGUCAUAUCUUCCUGUGCACCAAGAUGGUACCUGUAAUGGUCUGCAGCAUUAUGCUGCUCUUGGUGGGGAUGCGGCGGGUGCUGCGCAGGUCAAUCUGCUGCCAGGCGAUCGCCCGGCCGAUGUGUACACAGGUGUAGCAGAUUUGGUUAAGAAGGAAAUUCGACGACGAGCUGAUGAGGGCCACAAGUUUGCGAAACUUGCAGAUGGCAUGAUCACCCGUAAAGUCGUCAAGCAAACAGUCAUGACAAAUGUUUAUGGGGUUACGUUUUUCGGCGCCAAAUUGCAGGUUCAAAAACAGCUUGAGGAAUUGAAUCCUAAUGCAAGUGAAGAGGAACGGUCAAAUAUUCGGGGAAUGGCCCUCGAGAUUGCCAACGCCAUCUUCGGGGCGCUUGGAACUUUGUUCACUGGCGCUCAAAAUAUUCAACAUUGGCUCGCAGAAUGUGCCUCCCGUAUUACAUCAUCCUUGACACCGGAGCAGAUGCACCAAUUGGAAGCCGAUAUCAGUGGUGGCAAAGGUAAAUCGAGAUCGGCACAAGGAUCUAACCUUCCUGCCAAAGUAUGGAAAGACCAACUGCAGCAGUCGACCCUAGUCUGGACGACGCCUCUAAAGUUGCCUGUUGUCCAGCCCUAUCGCGACUGCAAGACGAAAAUCGUCUCGACGGCUCUGCAACAGCUUCGAUUGCGCGACUCCGCGGCCUCAGAUCCAGUCAACAGGCGCAAACAAGUCCAAGGUUUCCCACCAAAUUUUGUUCAUUCCUUGGACGCAACUCACAUGCUUCUGUCAGCACUACGUUCUGAUGAACUUGGACUGACAUUCGCCGCCGUGCACGACUCUUUCUGGACACAUGCAGCUGAUAUACCCACGAUGAACACUGUGCUUCGUGACACAUUCGUCAGAAUGCAUUCGGAGGACAUCAUAACACGUCUCGCAGAAGAGUUCCAGGCUCGAUAUGGGUCGCACAUGCGCCUGGUUUCAAUUCGAGCAGACUCCGAUAUCGCACGCAAGAUCAAGGACUUCAGGUCAGAAGAAGCCCUGAAGUCGACUAAAAAAGGCAAAGGAGCAACCAAGCAUGGCGCUAAAAAGGGGCCCAAGACUGGACUCCUUCAUGCCACCACACAAGAGCUCCUUGCAGAACGGAAACGUUCAGCCCUAUUGACAUCUAAAGACCCAAACAAGCAGGCUGAGGGGCGGAAAAUGAUGACCCCGACAAGCAUCUAUGAAGAGUGCAUUGCGGCAGGCAUGGCUGUUCCCACGGCUCCUGCUGAAGCCAUUGCAUUAGGUGGCAACAAACGGCUUGAUAUGGAUAAUGAAGUCGGUCUGCUCUCUGACGAAGACGCAGCAACCCUCACCGUUAAUAGAGAUGGUGACGCUGCGCCUUGUAGUGAAGAUCUCCACGAUGAUCCAGAAAGCGAAAUUGCCGUCUCCGAAGAAGCAGACAUCGACGAUGAGACCCAACUUCCUCGCGACGCUGAAGAAGCAGCCAAAAGUCCAACUCGAUUGUCCUUUGUCACCUUGUGGGCACCCAUGAGCUUCCCUCCCGUACCGCAGAAAGGCGACUUCGACGUGGCGCGACUGAAGCAGAGCGAGUAUUUCUUCUCGUAGAUAAUAAUUUUCAUGGACUGUAUUUAUGUAAUGGCGUGGCAUUAGAGUGUAUCAUAUAGAUAGAUGCACAUCUCAGGCAUUGCGGACGGCGUUCGGAAAAGCUGUACAACGUGGUGGAAACAUUUUAUUGUACCAUAGUCCUGGGAAACGGGAUGUUGUAUAUGGAACGGAGUAAAUACCUCUAGCAUAACUUUCCAAGCUCACAAGCAUGUCAUCAGGGUCUUCUCCUGUC